AUGCAGAAGAAGAAGUGGUGGGCCUGGCCGUGGUUUCACCAAUGCCCCACACAACCCACAGCCAAAACCACCAUCUCCCUCGAGCCCAACGGAACUCCAAAGGUUGUGACCACCGUUUCUACGCCAGGCCCCCAGGCGCCCCCACGUCUUCCGAUUUAUGUGGAGUGGGCGGAUUCUGUGCAAGUUCCAGAAGAAUCUCGGACCAAAGCGUCCCACUAG